GACAUAUGAAUAUUAUAUGUCAGGUACUUUAUUGUAUCACAAAGCUUUUAUAUACAAGGUUUUAUAUACUUUUAUAUUAUACAAAAAAGAAAAAAUAUGCAUAGGGCACCACGUCUAACCUUAACUGUGCCCAAUAAAGCAGCAAGAAGAGUAAUAGCUCCUUAUGUGAAAGUUAUAAGGAAAAAAUAUAAAGCUCCAGUUCUACCAGAAAGCAAAUUAUUCAAGAAACAUCUUGAAAGAAAGCCAAGUGUUCUUCUAAGAGAUUUAACGAGUUUUCUAUCAGACAAUGUGGAUUUACCAUCACUUUUACAUGAAUCUGCAGAUGUAUUGAAGGUAACAACACAUGCUCAUGGAGUAUCAUUAUAUUUAGUGGAGUCUGCUACUGGUGAGAUCUACCAGAGUCAAAGAUAUUUCGAUAUACCAGAACCUAGGGUUCGGUGGAAAGUUGAAGAGGGUACGAUUGUUGCGGCACAUGUAGCUUCAAAAAAAGAGCUUGUGAUGAUAGAUGAUAUCCUUCAAGACGAGAGGUUUCCAAUGGGCAUUGGACAAAAAGAUCAGCUCACCAAGUCUGUACUCUGUGUACCUAUUGUCACACCAGAUGGCGAAGUCAACGCAGUCAUAGAACUGUUCAGGGACACAUCGCAAGACCCUUUCGAAGAUAAAGACCUGAAAAUAGCUACUUUAAUCACUGGAUGGAUGGGUGCAGCAAUUUACCAGAAUCUCCAGAGGGUUGCUGUUCAUAAGAAACAAGAACUAAACGAUUAUCUGCUGGCAUUGACAAAAGUUUUUCUUGAGGACUUUGUUCCUACAGAUAAAAUGAUCUCAGAGUUGGUGAAAUUUGUGAAAGUGACUUUGUUGGCAGAAAGGAGUUCUUUCUAUUUGAUAGAUAAAGAAAGUGAUGAACUAGUAGCAGAUAUUUACGAAAAAGGAAUUGAGGAAACAGAAGGUAUUAAUAGAGUGAACAAGGUUAAGUUAGUUGGUAAAGAAAAAGAGAUAGUUGCAUCUGUUGCCAAAACUGGCAUCACUGUCAACAUCAAAGAUGCAUUUACUGAUCCUAAAAUUGGAAAGGAAAUCGAUGUAAAAACUGGCUUCAUUGUUAGAUCUGUUCUUUGCAUUGCCGUUAAAGGACAAAACGAAAUUCUAGGUGUUAUCGAGGUUGUGAAUAAAAAAAAUGGUUGCUUCACCAGGUCCGAUGAGAUACUGUUUGAAGUGUUUGCAACUUAUUUUGGUUUAGUGUUACAAUUCAGUAACCUUUAUGAAAAAGUAAAAAAACAGGAAAAAAUUAACGAUGUUACUAUUUCUCUACUGAAUAGGCAAGUUGCUCCUUGCAUUCAUGAUUAUAAUCAUUUCAUGAAGAAUUUGAAUGUUAAACUACCUAGUACAUUUGCAGAAUUCAAAUGGUAUAUCCCAGAAGAUCUAGUGGAUGAAAUACCAUUAUUAGUUUACGCAACAGUGAGAGAAUUUUCCGAACCAGACGAGCUUAAUUUGAGCAACUUCUGCAAAUUCGUCUUGGCGAUCAGAAAAUUUGGUAGAAACCUACCUUUUCACAACUUAGAACAUGCUUUCGAUUUUACCCACACUAUGUACUGCAUCCUGAAAAGAAACGAAUCACUAUUCACUCCUUUAGAGAUUAAAAUGCUGCUCAUAACAGGUAUUGGACAUUGCAUCGACCGAACUACAACUACGAACGAAUUUUUAGUAUUGAUGAAUCACGAGAUUGUGCAACUGUUUCCCAAAUCACCCUGGCAAAACUAUCAUGCCAUGAUCAUUAGCAAGCUCCUUGAGCAAUUCCCUAUCUUCAAUAACAUGCCUAAACCAGAAUACAAGAAGUUUAUUGAUGAUGUGAAAAAAUUAAUAGUACGUUGUGACUUGCGUGCUAACUUUCUCAAGUCCUUCAGAGAUCUGAAGCAGAUAAUAAUUACAAGAACGUUUGAUAAUGAAGAUCCAAAACAACAUGAAUUAUUGGUAACCCUUUUAUUGGCCUGUGGUGAUAUGAGCCUCUUUGCCAAACCUUAUCUGGUAGCAAGAAAAUUAACACAGAGUUUUUACGCUGAACUAUACGAGGAAGCAGAGAAAAUCAAAGAAUUAAGGCCUAAUUGUAUUUUGAUGAGCUCAUACGAUAAAGAACAUUACAAUUUUAUGCCUGAACAACAAGUGAAUUUGCUCAAUAGUUUUGUGGUGCCAAUAGUGAGUAGUUUGCAAUUUUUUCUUCCCAACACUGCUGAUAUGUUCAACCAAGUCAUAGCAUUGAGAAAAACAUGGCAAGACAUAAUUGAACUACGAGGAAGAAAAAUAUGGAAACAAGAAGAUUCAUACAGAAAAAAGAGAAUUAGUUUCAGUACUGUCAAGAAGUCUUUUUGUGACCUAUGUUUUUACGAAUUCAAGUCUAUUAUGUUUAGGAGAAAAUGUUUGUCAUUAUUCCCCAACACUGUCAAGGCAAAAAAAGUUGUGGCACCUUACAAUGGUAAAGCUAUGAGAAGAAAACUAAGAGCUACAAAACUAGAAAGUGAUUCAACCAUCCUUAAAGGACAAAGAAGCCAAACCAGCGUUCAUCUAAAGAAUUUGAAUGAUUUCUCUUCCAAAAAUCCUCAGCUCCAUGCGUUACUGCUUGAAGCAGGACAAGUCUUGAAGAAUUCUACUGAUUCUGACGGUGUAUCAGUUUAUAUGGUAGAUAGGGUCCAAAAUGAAAUAUAUUUGCUGACUGGGGAUGAGCAUGACAUAUUUCUGUCUCGUUAUCGUUUUGAAAUAAAACGAGGCUUUACAGUUGCAACUCAUGUGGCUUUCAACAAGGAAAAUGUUAUGGCGGAAAACUUUCUACUAGAUUCCAGAUUUCCAGAAGGACUUGGUUUUCAAUACGAUAAUGCAGAAUCAGUGUUAUGUGUUCCUGUGGUAACGCCAGAUGGAGAAUGCUAUGCUGUGUUUGAACUGGUCAAAGAAGACGAUAAAGAUCCGUUCAACAAAGAUGAUCUCAAGGUUACAAUAGUGGUAACAGGAUGGAUGGGCGCUGCUAUUCACCAGAAUCUCCAAAGGAUAGCCAUGUUGAAACAGGAAGCUCUUCACAGUUACCUAUUAAACGUUACCAGUAAUUUUUUCAACGAGAAAAUUGACACCACUAAAAUGGUAUCAGAUUUUAUGAAUUUCACCAAAGAAACCUUAGAAGUUACUAGAGGUACAUUCUUCCUUAUUGAUAAAGAUUGUGCUGAUCUCACAGCGGAAGUAUUUGAAGAAGGAUUAAGCACAGACAGUAAUAUGUAUGUGAAGAAGAAUCUCAAGGCAAAACUCUUACAUAAAGACAGGGGUAUCACCACUUUAGUAGCAAGGACGAAUAAAAUGGUUAAUGUAAAAGAUCCAGUAAGAGACAGAAGAAUAGGUAAUGAACAUGAACUUAGAACUGGUAAAACCAUCAAGACAUUACUCUGCUUGCCUAUAAUCAGUACUAACGGACUUGUAGGAAUUUUUCACUUAUUAAAUAAAAAGUACGGAAUUUUCACAAGAGCUGAUGAAAGCACACUCAAAACGUUUGCCAAAUAUGUUUCUUGCUGUCUCCAAUACAAUACAGAGUUAAAACGAUUGCAAAAAGCAGAGAUGAAAUACAGCAUAUAUGGAGGGCAUUUGAAACGAUUAAUGAAGCCAUGUGUACAUGAGUAUGAAUAUUCAUUAAGAACUAUGAGUACUAAAGUACACAAUUUGCUUGAUUUCAAAUGGUAUAUACCUGAAGCAAUAGCCAGCGAUUCACCUCAAAUAGCUGUUCACAUGGUAAAAGACUUGUGUGAUGAUGGCAAUCUUAAUCAUGACAACCUGGUUAAAUUCAUGCUGACAGCAAGGCGGUUGUACAGGAACGUACCGUAUCACAAUUUCGAUCAUGCUUUCAAUUUCAUGCAUUGCAUGUACAACAUCUUGAAGAGAAACAAAUCAACUUUCAGCACCUUUGAGAUGAAAGUUCUUUUAAUUUCCUCCAUUGGACAUGAUAUAGAUCAUAGCGGAUACACCAAUAAUUUUUUGCAUGAGACUGAUGAUAUCUUGUUCCAACUUUACCAAGAGUCCACCUGGGAAAAUUAUCAUUUCUUAUUGACAUCCAUGUUGUUCGAUCAAUUUCCAAUAUUCAAUACAACUCCUAGAAAUUACAAAGUACUCAUGAAAGAAAUGAAGGAGGCAAUUUUGGCAACAGAUCUUCAGAGAUAUUUCAAAAAUAGCAAGACUUUGAUACCUCUGAUUAGAGAUAAUAAUUUUGAUGCAGCUAACACUGAGCACCGAUAUCUUAUGAAGGCAGUGAUGAUGACUGUCUCAGAUUUAUCUGGGCAAUGUAAGCCUUAUCCUGUUGCUAAACGUCUAACCGAUAAUGUUUAUAGAGAGUUUUAUGAUGAAGGUGACAAAUACAAACUGCGUGGCUUGAGAGCAUUGCCGUUGAUGGAUAGAGAUAAACAGAAUCAAAUACCGGAAGAACAGAUACAAUUCCUAUCGUUUGUUGUACUACCGGCAACUAGAAUCUUGGAGAGCUUGUUAACAAACAUUGACUUAAGUAAGGACUGCACGGCUCUGCAAAAAGCCUGGCAUGAUGCACAAAAUGAAAGGGAUAAAAAAUUGAAGAAAAAAACACAUUCUUUUAUGUAAGAUGUCGGUUUGUAAUGAUGAUUCUUUGAUUAUGUCGAAAUCAUACUGGGCAGUGAUUUUUUU